CGACAAUAAACGCCACCGCACAGAAAUAAUUCUCCUUCGUUCCCCACCUCACCUAUACACAUAAUAAAUUUUCUCUCCAAGUUUUAAAUCGUAAAAAAUGGUUUUUGCCUUUUUGGCUCUCUACCGAGAGAGAGAGUGAGAGUAGAGGCGGACAGAGGCGAGCAGGUGGAGAGAGAAAGCAAGCACAAAAACAAAUCAAAGCAGAAGCAAAGCGGGUGCAAGCAAGCAAUGCAGCUUUAGAUCUCGCUUCCAGUUCUUUACCCUCCUGGUUUCCUUCGUUUUCAAGCUUUGCUUUCCCCUUCAUGGACUGGCAGAUUUGAGUGAUUCAGAGGCCACAUUUGCUCGGUAAGUCACAGAUCUGGGCUGGGUGUACCUUUCGCCUUCGGGGAAUUGCUUAUUUUGGAUCCGAUCUUUUACUUGAAAAGCUUCUCGUAAUAGUGUUCUAUGGCCAUCUCUGGGCUUCAUUUGAACUGGAUUCUCUAUUUCAUUCGGCAGACAGGUGUAGUGUAGAGUGUAGACUGUGUGGUGAGGCGAAAUCUGUGGAGUACGAAUUAGUUUCAAGGAGAUUUGAGAAUGCCGAUUUUCUUAUUGUAAUUUUCCUGGAUUUGUCGUUGUGAGCAGAGAUUCCGUUUUCCUUAUUAAAGUUAGCAACGGUGGGCGGUGGUAUGGGGAGCAAUUAUGUCGUUUUCCUUAAGGCCCGAACAAAUAUUUUGCAGAAACAUAAAAAGAAACAAUGGCGGACGGAUUUGGUUCUGGCAUUGUCACAUGCUGUUGUCGGGGUGUUCUUGAGCUCACACUUGCGAUUGCAUUUUACUUAUUGUUGAGCGAGAUAUGGGGAAGUCAGUGAAGUCGCCUGCGAGGUGGAUCAAAGCUGUACUGUUUGGGAAGAAGUCGGCCUCGAAAUCAAGUGGCGGUAAAGGAAGGGAGAGAGGUUCAAAUGAGAAAGAGAUCCUGGCUUCUGCUAAGGAAUCAGAUGCUGACAUCACGCUAAUUUCUUCUGUGGUGUCCCAAACAAACCCCAACUUUCUGGACGAAGUUGAAAGGAGGGAGGAACCAGAGAACAAGGAAAAUGUAAACCCACCACAUGAAGGUGGAGUGAUGUUAUCUGGAAAUCAGGAUAGUAAUUUACAAGGCUCUGAAAUUGAAGAAGUGACAUGUGACCCGGAAAAGAUUAAAGAAGAGAAAGCUGCGACUGUGGCACAAGCUGCUUUUAGGGGUUACCUGGCACGCCGAGCGUUCCGGGCCCUCAAAGGCAUAAUAAGACUACAGGCACUCAUCCGUGGGCACUUGGUCAGGAGACAAGCUGUUGCUACUUUGUGCUCUAUGCUGGGAAUUGUCAAGUUGCAGGCAGUUGCUCGAGGGAGGAUUGUCAGGAACUCUGAUAUUGGGCAAGAGAUACACAGGAUUUACAUUUUUGUGAAGGCUCGGGAUGGAAAAGCUGUUGAUGCUGCUGGUGUUCAUGUUUCUGUCCUUGUAGCAAAGCGGUCAACAAAUGCUUUUGUUCGUAAGCUUGUAUUGUCAUCACCAACAGUGAUGCCGUUACGCCUAUCUUAUGAACCUGCUCAACCGAAUUCUGUCCCGAACUGGUUGGAACGCUGGUCAGCAUCUCAGUGUUGGAAAUCACUACCACAGCUGCCGAAGAAAACCCAUCCUUCAAAACCCCAGCAACGAAAGCAGGGUCAUAGCCAAGCUGUGGAAACCGAAACUGCUAGACCAAAGCGCAGUGUUAGGAGGGUUCCUGCUGCUAAUACUGACAACAAUACUGUUCAGGGGCAAGCAGCAUCGGAAACUGAGAAGCCCAAGCGUAGCUUCAGGAAGAUCACCAGCGGCCAUCCAGUAGUCGAUGCAGUUCAGGAAAACCCACAAAGUGAGCUUGAAAAGGUGAAAAGAAACUUGAGGAAGGUGCAUAACCCAGUAGUAGAGAGCAAUAUUCAACCUGAGGUUGACGUUGAGAAGCCCAAGCAAAGCUUAGAGAAAGCUUCAAGCACUCCCAGCGAGAAGCCAAAGCCUAGUGCAGAAAAGGUGUCAAAUACUCCAAGAGAGAAGCCGAAGCCAAUUGCAGAAAAGGCGUCAAGUGCUCCUAGCGAGAAGCCAAAGCAAAGUUUAGAGAAGGUAUCGAGUGCGCCAGGAAUGCCAACUGAGGCUGUGUCCAGUCAGGCACUGAACAGUUCAGCUGAGAAGCCCAAGAAAGUGACACCAUCCAAAGAAGCUGAUGCGAUCGAAUUUGAACCGACAUUAACUCUAUCUCCAUUAAAAAAGACUCCUGAGCCACUGGAAAAGGAAGAAAUGUUUGAAGUUCUGCAGACCGAUCAGCCUUCAAUCGAAUCGCUGCCAGUUGGAACUGAAAGUAAUGGUAAAGUAGAGACUACUGCUUUUACCAAUGGGGAUGCAUGCAAGGAGGAUCCUGCAAGCAAUGAGAACCACAAGUCUGGUGUCAAGAAAGCUACUACUACUACCCAAGGGAAGCAGGAACAUGGUGAAGAGAAUGGGAUGCAGAAUACUAGUAGUCCAUCAAUUCCGAGUUACAUGGCUGCAACUGCUUCUGCUAAGGCCAAGCUGAGAGCACAGGGCUCCCCAAGACUCAGCAGCAGCCAACAAGAUAGUGGUGAGAAAAGCAAUUCCACACGGCGCCACUCUUUGCCCUCCUCAACUAAUGCCAAGAUCAGCUCCCAGUCACCGAGAACCCAACGACCUGUCAAUGGCAGCGGAGGCAAGGCAGGAAGCAAAGUGGAUAAAACUGUGUUGUCUUCAAGAGAUGGAAAUGUGAAAGGAAACCAAGCAGAGUGGAGGAGGUGAGUUAUCAACGAAUCUCCAGAGUUCCCAAUUAAAUUUUAAGGAUUGCUAGCGGAAAUUUCUCGGAGUUCAAGUUCUGCAGUAGUUUUUGUUUGCGUCGACAGAGUGUCAGACCAUAUGAAUAUGCAUAAUUUGGGGUCUUAUAUUUGUUAAGCUGGGAAGGGUUUGUUGGCUGGCUGUGUAAGUUACUACUGUCUGGCCCCUUAGUCUAUUUUAAUCUCUCAAGUCUCAACUUGUUUUCAUGUUGCGUUUAUUUUCUGAGAGUGUCUGGACAUCAUAGGCGAUGAGAAGUUGUCUCAUCCUUCUCUGAAACUGUUUCUGUUUUGUGUCUGUCUCUCCCUACCCCUCUCUCCGUCUGUUCGACUCGAGUGGCUGUCUAUAUUGUAAUCUGGAUUCCCUCUUCUGCUCGUCUUUCGUAAUCCGACAUCUCGUCUGGUUGAUUGUGUUCAUUUGGGUGGGGGUGAAAUUUGCGUUAGCAAGUAAUGAGUUUUACGUGGACCUUUUUCUGAUCAGAAUUGAUG